UUUGCUGUCCAAAGUCUUUCUUGUAUGCAGAUUCCUUUGUUUCAUUGAAUUGUUACAGGCUUGACUGCUUCCUAUCUUUGUCUAACGUCAGCAGACCAUAUUCCCAGCUCUCUACACAAUAUUAUAUCCUUCAACCAGACACAUUUGGCAUCAUUAUCAGCGUCAUCAACAACACCAACACCACCACCACAACCACCACCAUGUCUACCACCCAGCAAGCUCUAGAGAGCAAUGCAGUUCUUGGCAACACACUCAUUGAGAUUCUGUCUACCCUCAAGACAAUGCAAAAAGAUCAUGCUCUUCUAGCCGCCAGCGUCGAGAGCUUGCAGAGCAGAGUGGAUGUCUCCAGCACCGUCAAUGAGCUACGUGGAGGGACCGGAACUUCCGGCAGGAACAGAGUCAAAGAAUCCCCAAGCCUGGAUCCCGCACAGCUGGCAAAGUCUGCGAAUGGCGCUGCAUCACCUCCACAAGAGUCAACAGUCCUUGCUCCUCGAGCACCGUCGUCUCCACAUGCGAGGAAGACUUCCAUCACCUCUCGAAUCAUCCUGACUACUUAUCCUGGUCAGUCAGGAAUCGAUCCCAUACCACUUGAAUGGGGUUUAUCAGAUCCUCUUCUGAGAGGCCCAGUGGUCGUCAGCAGACAUCAGAACACCAUCCGAAGAAGGAAUGCAAUUGGCGCUCACGGAGGUUCGUAUUCCAUCUACCAUGCUUUGGCCGUUGCCAGCAACAACCUCGAUCUCGAGCAUAAGCCGGACUUUACCAAUACCGAGCCAGCUGUAUCUAUUGGCCCCUUUCCUUCCUGGGGCGAUGGAAAGAAGAUAGUGGCCAUGGAUCCAUUUGGCCAUCUGGCUCCCUGGCUGUACAAAGAUAACAUCCAAGGACAAGACGUCGACAUUCGACCUACCAUUGCAGUCACCAGAGCACACAUGAAGAUUCCCGAACUUGAACAAUCAGUCAAGGCUGGCCGCCUCAAGCCGGAUGGAAAAAUCUGUCUUAACGAAUCUGGAGAAUUGAACGUGACCAAAUUCGCUGUCGAGCCUGUCUGGUAUCUUCCAGGAGUGGCUGAGCGAUUUGGGAUCGAGGAGGCCGCGCUUCGUCGCGCUCUGUUCGAGCACACUGGUGGGUCAUAUCCUGAGCUGAUCACCCGGAACGACAUCAAGGUCUUUAUGCCUCCAAUCGGCGGUUUGACAGUCUACUGCUUCGGCGACCCCGCUAAGAUGUCCAAUCCCAACGUCCGUCUUGCUCUACGCGUCCACGACGAAUGUAAUGGUAGUGAUGUCUUUGGGUCUGACAUCUGCACCUGUCGACCAUAUCUGAUCUUUGGCAUUGAAGAGGCCGUCAAGGAAGCACAGAACGGAGGAUCCGGGGUGGUGAUCUACUUCCGUAAGGAAGGUCGCGCCCUGGGUGAAGUGACCAAGUAUCUGGUGUACAACGCUCGCAAGCGUGGAGCCGAUAAAGCAAGCGAAUAUUUCAAGCGCACAGAGAAUAUUGCGGGCGUCAAAGACAUGCGAUUCCAGGCCCUGAUGCCUGAUAUCUUGCACUGGCUCGGCAUUCAAAAGAUUGACCGUAUGCUGAGUAUGUCCAACAUGAAGCACGACGCUAUUGUCGAACAGGGUAUUCCCAUCCACGAACGCGUGCCUAUCCCCGAUGAAAUGAUCCCCGAGGAUUCUCGAGUCGAGAUCGAUGCCAAGAUUCACGCUGGAUACUUUACAACGGGUAAGGUCAUGACUGUGGAGGAAUUGGGCGCCGUCCAGGGCCGUAGUUGGGACGAUAUUGAGCAUUGAGCACUGAAUCCUGAGACUUGAGGGCAAGGCUUUGGUAUGCAUUUGCAUGGCCAUGAAAGGGAAACCAUUUGAUGGAAUAAAGGGGGAAUCAUUUCCUACGCGGGAAUAUCAUGUAGUCACUUGAAAUAAACAAGACGAUAGUACA